AAAGGGGGGCUAAUAUAAAGCACUCAAGUGUCCCAGAGUCACAGAAGGUGUUUGGUUAUAUCAUCACCAUCAGAUCGUGUGACAUAGGUUCCCAAGCACUGAAUCCUAUGACUUAUUGAAACCAACCUUGCAAUAUUCCAACCAUAGCUUUACAUAAGCUCCUGCAAUGAGCUACACUAAGACCGACGCUCCUAGACAAGCAGUCAAGCUUGCCAAAGCCGUGGCCAACAGCCAUGCAAGCUACAGACUCGCCGCGCACCCGGCACUGACCCGGCGGCUGGGCUGUACAGGCCGGACCCUUCCCUCGUCUUACCACCUCUAUGGCCAGACCAUGCGAGCAUUCUCGACGACGCCAGUCUCUCAGCUCAAAGACUUCUUCCCUGCCAAAGACACCCCCCACAUCAAGACAACGCCGGCGGCAUGGCCACAUCCCGGCUUCUCAAUGGAGGAGCUCUAUCAGGUAACGCCUUCGCAUCGGCCGCCUCGGGGAUUUGGUGAUUGGGCAGCGUGGAAGAUUGUGCGGUUCGCGAGGUAUUGGAUGGAUAAGGCCACAGGCAUGGAUAGAGAACAGCAGGUUGAUAAGAAGCAUCCAACAACAGCCAUCAAGGCGGAGAAGCCGCUGACAGAGGCUCAAUGGCUUAUCCGAUUCGUGUUUCUCGAAAGUAUAGCAGGUGUUCCAGGAAUGGUUGGCGGCAUGCUUCGCCAUCUCAGCAGUCUUCGGGGCAUGAAGCGAGACAAUGGCUGGAUUGAGACGCUCCUAGAAGAAAGCUACAACGAACGGAUGCACCUUUUGACAUUUAUGACCAUGUGCGAGCCCGGCUUGUUCAUGAAGCUCAUGAUUAUCGGUGCUCAGGGAGUCUUCUUCAACAGUCUCUUUGUGGCCUAUCUCUUGCACCCCAAGAUUGUUCAUCGAUUCGUCGGCUACCUGGAGGAAGAGGCAGUACACACGUACACUCGAGCAAUUGCUGAAAUCGAGGAGGGUCAUUUACCCAAGUGGGCUGAUCCCAAGUUCCGGAUUCCUGAUAUUGCCGUACAGUACUGGAACAUGCCUGAGGGUAACCGGACCAUGAAAGACUUGAUUCUGUAUAUUCGAGCCGACGAGGCCAGCCACAGAGGAGUCAACCAUACCUUGGGUAACCUCAACCAGAAGGAAGACCCAAAUCCCUUUGUCAGCAAAUUCAAAGACAGGGAGGUUCCCAAGCCUGCUCUCAAGCCCGAAGGUUAUGAGCGCUCAGAGGUGAUCUAAUUGGGGAAAAGGCGUGCGUUGUUGGACAGUCACUAUGCUUUUGAUUCGAACUAGAAGGAAAAACGUAUGCAUACAUGGAACGGCGUGUUUGAUUUUGUUUUGUCUACAUUGCAAAAAGAAGGCUGGCUGGGAGACUUGGAAAUGUGCAUAAUUUUGCGGCGUUUUGGAUUUGGCAUAGCCAUCUGGGCAAAUUUCUCUCUCGACUCUUCUUACAAACUAUACACGGAGAAUUGAUAAUAAAAGGGGAGUGUAUAAUUCCGCCAAUUCAAUAGACGAGAGUGGCUG